AUGACGGAGAAAACAGCUCCCUGGUGGAGGUCUUUCGUGGGCAAGAGGAGAAAAGCAGCCAGAGAAUCGGCAGCAAAUAUGGAACAGGACUUCCGUAAUCAGGUUUCAGCAGAGUCCACACAGCAGCAUCCCUCCGCUGAGCCGGACCAACAGCUCACUUCACCGACACGUCCAGCGAAAGAAGCAGGCAACUGCUUACCGAGCGACGAAACGUAUGACGACUCCGCUGUUCAGCCAACUUUCAACGAACGCUCCAAUCGCCGUAAUCUCCUUGUGUCCCGCUCCGGUCGCUUCAAAGAGAAACGGAAGACGCGCACGAGUCUACUACAGAACCACGAAGAUGAUGGGAAACCUGCCGCUGCCAAAUCAACCGACGUUCAGUCAACGCACUGA